AUGGCUGCCGCAGCGGCGAACCUGGCGGGCCGCCCGGGCGUGCGCGUCGUCGUCAUCGGCGACCCCGGCACCGGCAAGUCCAGCCUCGUCGUCGCCGUCGCCACCGAGCAGUUCCCCGAGAACGUCCCCAAGGUCAUGCCCCACACCCGCCUCCCCGCCGACUACUUCCCCGACCGCGUCCCCAUCACCAUCGUCGACACCUCCUCCAGCCCCGAGCAGAAGCCGAAGCUGAUCGCCGAGUGCCAGGCGGCGGACGCGGUGGUGCUCACCUACGCCUGCGACAGGCUCUCCACGCUCGACCGGCUCAGCUCCUACUGGCUCCCGGAGCUCAGGCGCAUCCAGUUGAAGGCACCUGUCAUCGUGGUUGGGUGUAAGCUGGACCUGAGGGACGACCAGCAGAACAGCCUUGAGCAGACGAUGGCGCCCAUCAUGCAGUCGUUCCGUGAAAUAGAGACCUGCAUCGAGUGCUCCGCGCUUCGCCAGAUCCAGGUGCCUGAGGUCUUCUACUAUGCCCAGAAGGCAGUGCUUCACCCCACAGCUCCUCUAUUCGACCAAGAGGCACAAUCUCUAAAGCCACGCUGUGUGAGGGCUUUGAAGCGGAUAUUCAUUCUAUGUGACCACGACAGGGAUGGAGCUCUCAGUGAUGUGGAGCUCAAUGACUUUCAGGUCAGAUGUUUUAGCGCUCCUCUCCAGCCUACUGAAAUAUCAGGCGUGAAGAGAGUUGUUCAAGAGAAGAUGCCCGAAGGCGUAAAUGAUAGUGGCCUUACAUUGACUGGAUUCCUUUUCCUUCAUGCUCUUUUUAUUGAGAAAGGUCGUUUGGAAACUACAUGGACAGUAUUGAGGAAAUUUGGUUAUGAUAAUGAAAUCAAGCUUAGAGAUGAAUUCAUUCCAACGUCAGUCAAGCGAGCUCCUGAUCAAACGGUGGAAUUGACAAAUGAAGUGAUUGAUUACUUGAAAGGAAUAUUCAACAUGUUUGACAUAGAUAAUGACGAAGCUUUGCUACCUUCUGAGUUGGAUGAUCUUUUUUCAACUGCACCUGAAAACCCAUGGACUUCUGAUCUAUAUAAAGACUGUGCUGAAAGGAAUGUCUUGGGUGGGCUAUCACUUGAAGGAUUUCUUUCUAAGUGGACUCUUAUGACACUUUUAGAUCCAGCAAAUAGUUUCGCGAACCUUGUAUAUGUCGGCUAUUCGGGUGAUUUUAAUUCAGCAUUCACCAUCACGAGGAAAAGACGAGUGGACCGUAAAAAGCAGCAGACUCAAAGAAAUGUGUUCCAGUGCUAUGUUUUUGGUCCCAAAGGUUCUGGAAAGACUGCAUUGCUACAAUCAUUCCUUGGAAGGCAACCUUCUGAUGCUCUGCCAACUAACAGCGACCGGUUUGCGGCAAAUACUGUUGAACUAUCUGAUGGGAAUAGAAAAACACUUGUGCUGCAAGAGAUUCCUGAAGGUGAUGUCAGAUCAUUGCUAAACAACAAGGAAUCCUUGGCACCCUGUGAUGCGGCAGUCUUUGUUUACGAUAGCUGUGAUGAAUUUUCUUGGCAAAGAGCAAGAGAUUUGCUUGUGCAAGUGGCUUCACAUGGAGAAAACACAGGCUAUGAAGUCCCUUGUCUGAUAGUUGCUGCUAAGGACGAUCUUGAUCAAUCUCCAGUGGCUCUACAGGAAUCAACCAGAGUGAGCCAAGACAUGGGAAUUGAAACACCAAUUCCCAUCAGCGUGAAGUUGAAAGACUUGAACAACAUUUUCUGCAGAAUAGUUCAUGCGGCACAGCGGCCCCAUUUGAGCAUUCCAGAGACUGAAGCUGGUAAAACACGCAGGCAAUACCGUCAACUUCUCAACCGUUCCCUCAUGGUUGUUUCAGUUGGAGCUGCUAUAGGUGUUGUGGGGGUAGCCGCGUACAGGGUUUAUGCGGCUAGGAGGAACUCGUCGAGCCCCCCUCCCUCAGUCGGGAAAUAA